AUGAAACACUCCAGUUUGCUCACUCUCUUCGCGGGCAUCAGCGCCACCAACGCGGGGAAGAGUGAUGCAUAUCUCUUGGCGCGCUCCUCCGGCCCGGCAUGCAGCAAUGCACCCUCGACGCUCUCCCUCCCCGACGCGCCGUACGACAACUUCUUCUACUCUGACUGCAACGUCGCCGCCCAAGCGGUGGUGACCACCCCGCUACCAGAUAGCGACCUCACCCAGAUCGGACCGCGUCUGAUCGUCGCCUGGCCUGCGGGCAAUAGCGGCGCGUGCUCGUACUUUGCGCCGCAGAAUGGCAUCAACGGGUCCCUGUCCAUUGCGCUGGUCAAUUCCACUGUUGGGAAUCCCCUGGGACCGGUGUAUUCUAGCGCCAAUAAUGGGAGUGCAAACAACCCCAGCGUUGGCGUGAAGAGUGUCCUGCGCUUCAAUUCCUCUGCUGUUCUCACGAUUCCCGUCCUGGGUAGUAUCCGCACGAUUCGUGAUUUCACUGAGGGACCCAGUAUCCUCUACCCGGAGAUCCAGGAUGCCAUCACCUUCACGACCAAUGGCAACGGCGUCCAAUUGAACCGACUGUGGCUGGACAAUGUCACCUCCACGACGCUCACCUUUCAGCCCUGGGGCAGCAACAGCACCGGAAAGGCAACGGUAGUCAACCGCACCGUCCACUUCGAGCAGGGCGACUACCUCUUCUCCGCGGCGAUGAGCUAUCCCCAAAUGACUCAGCUCGAGCCCGCCUCGGUGCUGAACUCCGAAUCCGCUGAUCUGAUCACCCAAAUGCCCGACCAGACGGCCGCGCUGUCGUUCCUGUCGUACUCGGACAAACUUCUCGCGGGGGCGUGGCGCUUCCUGACGUAUUUCGGCCGCGACUCGAUGAUCUCGGCGCUGCUUUUGGAGCCGGUCCUCAGCAGUGGACAGGGUAGUGCUAUGGAGGCGGUUAUUGGCGCUGUCCUGGAGAGGGUGAAUCGGACGGAUGGCAGUGUUUGCCAUGAGGAGACUAUUGGGGACUAUGCUACCUGGACCAAUGAGCAGGAGGGCAUUUACAGCAAUGCCAUGAGCUGCGACUACAAAAUGAUCGACUCGGACUACUACCUCCCCGUGUUGAUGCAGAAGUACUUCCUGCAGAACCCCAUCGGAAAGAGCAGAGCCACCGCGUUCUUCAACACCCAGGCCGGCUCCGUCAACGCAGCCAACCGCAACCUAACAUGGGGUGAGCUGGCCCUCAUCAACGCCGAGCGCAUCAUGCGCUUGACUGGCCCGUUUGCCAAAGAGCAGACCAAGGAUAACCUGAUUCAUCUGAAGGAGGGUCAGAUUGUUGGCCAGUGGCGGGAUAGCACAUACGGUGUGUCUAUCUUUAUAUAUUACUUUUGUGUGCAGGUACUAACAGACAAUCUCGUAGGUAUUGGAGGUGGACGGAUCCCCUACGACGUCAAUACAGCUCUUGCGCCCGCGGCCCUGCGCUCUGUCGCUGCUCUCGCUCGCGCCGGAGUGUAUCCGCACGAGAAACAGUGGGCCACGGAAGCAGACAAGAAUGCCCAAGUGUGGGAGGACUCGACACUGCAAUUCUUCGAGGUCACAAUCCCCCAAAAAGAAGCCCAAUCCCGCAUCGACACCUACCAAACGCGGGCCCCCUUCACCGUCCCAACCAACACAUCCCAAACCAUCGACUCGGACGUCACCUUCCACGCCCUCUCCCUGGACGGCUACGACUCCCUCGCCCAAGUCCAAGUGAUGAACACCGACGACUGCUUCCGCCACUUCCUACUCAACACCACCAACGAAGCCCAGCUGACCUCCUUCCUCAACCAAACCGCCUCUAACAUCCGCCGCACUUUCCCUGCAGGCCUGAUGACUAGCGCCGGCAUGGUGGUCGCCAACCCAGCCUUCGGGAGCGAGGAUGUCUACGCCCAGAACUGGACCACGGGCGCGUAUCAUGGGACGGUUGUUUGGUCGUGGCCGCUCGCUAUGAUGGGGAAGGGCCUGGAGAUGCAGAUGGCGAGAUGUGAUCAGACGACGAAGCCAUCCAUCCCGCAGUUCUGUCAUGAUGCCUCGGUUCUUGAUAAUGUCAAGACCGCGUAUAAUACCCUCUGGGACUCGAUCGAGGCCAAUUCCCAGCAGCUCUCGACGGAGGUGUGGUCGUGGGUUUAUCGCAAUGGCGAGUUCGACGUUACGCCCCUUGGGGUUAUGCCGCCGCCUCCUGGCGCAGGUACUCAAACUGGUAUGUUCUUAUUUCCUUUUCUCUCUACCUGUCUUGUUCUCCUAUAA